AUGUCACUACCACGUCACUACCACAUCAUCACUACCACGUCACUACCACAUCAUCACUACCACGUCACUACCACGUCACUACCACAUCACUACCACAUCAUCACUACCACGUCACUACCACAUCACUACCACGUCACUACCACAUCACUACCACAUCACUACCACGUCACUACCACAUCACUACCAUGUCACUACCACGUCACUACCACAUCAUCACUACCACGUCACUACCACAUCAUCACUACCAUGUCACUACCACGUCACUACCACAUCACUACCACAUCAUCACUACCACGUCACUACCACAUCACUACCAUGUCACUACCACGUCACUACCACGUCACUACCACAUCACUACCAUGUCACUACCACAUCAUCACUACCACGUCACUACCACAUCAUCACUACCACGCCACUACCACGUCAAUACCACAUCAUCACUACCACGUCACUACCACAUCACUACCACGUCACUACCACGUCACUACCACGUCACUACCGCGUCACUACCGCGUCACUACCGCGUCACUACCGCAUCACUACCGCGUCACUACCACGUCACUACCACGUCACUACCACGUCACUACCACGUCACUACCACGUCACUACCACAUCACUACCACAUCACUACCACGUCACUACCACAUCAUCACUACCACGUCACUACCACGUCACUACCACAUCACUACCACAUCAUCACUACCACGUCACUACCACGUCACUACCGCGUCACUACCGCGUCACUACCGCGUCACUACCGCGUCACUACCACGUCACUACCACGUCACUACCACGUCACUACCACGUCACUACCACGUCACUACCACGUCACUACCGCGUCACUACCGCGUCACUACCGCGUCAAUACCACGUCACUACCACGUCACUACCACGUCACUACCACGUCACUACCACGUCACUACCACGUCACUACCACAUCACUACCACGUCACUACCACAUCACUACCACGUCACUACCACAUCAUCACUACCACAUCACUACCACGUCACUACCACGUCACUACCACGUCACUACCACAUCAUCACUACCACAUCACUACCACGUCACUACCACAUCACUACCACAUCACUACCACGUCACUACCACAUCACUACCAUGUCACUACCACGUCACUACCACGUCACUACCACAUCAUCACCACCACGUCACUACCACGUCACUACCACAUCACUACCACAUCAUCACUACCACGUCACUACCACGUCACUACCACAUCACUACCGCGUCACUACCGCAUCACUACCGCAUCACUACCACGUCACUACCACGUCACUACCACAUCACUACCACAUCAUCACUACCACGUCACUACCACAUCACUACCACAUCACUACCACAUCAUCACUACCACGUCACUACCACAUCACUACCACAUCACUACCACAUCAUCACUACGACGUCACUACCACAUCAUCACCACCACGUCACUACCACGUCACUACCACAUCACUACCACAUCAUCACUACCACGUCACUACCACGUCACUACCGCGUCACUACCACGUCACUACCACGUCACUACCACGUCACUACCACAUCAUCACUACCACGUCACUACCACGUCACUACCACAUCACUACCACAUCAUCACUACCACGUCACUACCACGUCACUACCACGUCACUACCACGUCACUACCACGUCACUACCACGUCACUACCGUGUCACUACCGCGUCACUACCGCAUCACUACCACGUCACUACCACGUCACUACCACGUCACUACCACGUCACUACCACGUCACUACCGCGUCACUACCGCGUCACUACCGCAUCACUACCGCAUCACUACCACGUCACUACCACGUCACUACCACAUCACUACCACAUCAUCACUACCACGUCACUACCACAUCAUCACUACCACGUCACUACCGCAUCACUACCACGUCACUACCACGUCACUACCACGUCACUACCACGUCACUACCAAGUCACUACCACAUCACUACCACGUCACUACCACGUCACUACCACGUCACUACCACGUCACUACCACGUCACUACCACGUCACUACAGCGUCACUACCGCAUCACUACCACAUCACUACCACAUCACUACCACAUCACUACCGCGUCACUACCGCGUCACUACCGCGUCACUACCACGUCACUACCACGUCACUACCACGUCACUACCACGUCACUACCACGUCACUACCACGUCACUACCACGUCACUACCACGUCACUACCACGUCACUACCACAUCACUACCACAUCACUACCACGUCACUACCACAUCACUACCAUGUCACUACCACGUCACUACCACAUCAUCACUACCACGUCACUACCACAUCAUCACUACCAUGUCACUACCACGUCACUACCACAUCACUACCACAUCAUCACUACCACGUCACUACCACAUCACUACCAUGUCACUACCACGUCACUACCACGUCACUACCACAUCACUACCAUGUCACUACCACGUCACUACCACGUCACUACCACAUCACUACCAUGUCACUACCACGUCACUACCACAUCAUCACUACCACGUCACUACCACAUCAUCACUACCACGCCACUACCACGUCACUACCACAUCAUCACUACCACGUCACUACCACAUCACUACCACGUCACUACCACGUCACUACCACGUCACUACCGCGUCACUACCGCGUCACUACCGCGUCACUACCACGUCACUACCACGUCACUACCACGUCACUACCACGUCCCUACCACGUCACUACCACAUCACUACCACAUCACUACCACGUCACUACCACAUCAUCACUACCAUGUCACUACCACGUCACUACCACAUCACUACCACAUCAUCACUACCACGUCACUACCACAUCACUACCACGUCACUACCACAUCACUACCACAUCACUACCACGUCACUACCACAUCACUACCAUGUCACUACCACGUCACUACCACAUCAUCACUACCACGUCACUACCACAUCAUCACUACCAUGUCACUACCACGUCACUACCACAUCACUACCACAUCAUCACUACCACGUCACUACCACAUCACUACCAUGUCACUACCACGUCACUACCACGUCACUACCACAUCACUACCAUGUCACUACCACGUCACUACCACAUCAUCACUACCACGUCACUACCACAUCAUCACUACCACGCCACUACCACGUCAAUACCACAUCAUCACUACCACGUCACUACCACAUCACUACCACGUCACUACCACGUCACUACCACGUCACUACCGCGUCACUACCGCGUCACUACCGCGUCACUACCGCAUCACUACCACGUCACUACCACGUCACUACCACGUCACUACCACGUCACUACCACGUCACUACCACGUCACUACCACAUCACUACCACAUCACUACCACGUCACUACCACAUCAUCACUACCACGUCACUACCACGUCACUACCACAUCACUACCACAUCAUCACUACCACGUCACUACCACGUCACUACCGCGUCACUACCGCGUCACUACCGCGUCACUACCGCGUCACUACCACGUCACUACCACGUCACUACCACGUCACUACCGCGUCACUACCGCGUCACUACCGCGUCACUACCGCGUCAAUACCACGUCACUACCACGUCACUACCACGUCACUACCACGUCACUACCACGUCACUACCACGUCACUACCACAUCACUACCACGUCACUACCACGUCACUACCACGUCACUACCACAUCACUACCACAUCACUACCACAUCACUACCACGUCACUACCACGUCACUACCACAUCACUACCAUGUCACUACCACGUCACUACCACAUCAUAACUACCACGUCACUACCACAUCAUCACUACCACGUCACUACCACAUCACUACCACAUCACUACCACAUCACUACCACGUCACUACCACGUCACUACCACAUCACUACCACAUCACUACCACGUCACUACCAUGUCACUACCACGUCACUACCACAUCAUCACUACCACGUCACUACCACAUCAUCACUACCACGUCACUACCACGUCACUACCACAUCACUACCACAUCAUCACUACCACGUCACUACCACAUCACUACCACGUCACUACCACGUCACUACCACGUCACUACCACGUCACUACCGCGUCACUACCGCAUCACUACCACGUCACUACCACGUCACUACCACAUCACUACCACGUCACUACCACGUCACUACCACGUCACUACCACGUCACUACCACAUCACUACCACAUCACUACCACGUCACUACCACAUCAUCACUACCACGUCACUACCACGUCACUACCACAUCACUACCACAUCAUCACUACCACGUCACUACCACGUCACUACCACGUCACUACCACGUCACUACCGCGUCACUACCGCAUCACUACCACGUCACUACCACGUCACUACCACAUCACUACCACAUCAUCACUACCACAUCAUCACUACCGCGUCACUACCGCAUCACUACCACGUCACUACCACGUCACUACCACAUCACUACCACGUCACUACCACAUCACUACCAUGUCACUACCACGUCACUACCACAUCAUAA